AUGGUUACCAAGCUACUGGUGAUUUCCUGCCUCAUUCUUGGUGCUUUUGCCCACCAACCACAGCAAUUUCCAGGAUCGAAUCAACAACAGCCGCACCAGGGUCAACCAGAACAAGCCCACAAUGCUCAGGCAGGGCAGCAACAGCAGCAAUUUGGUGGAGAGCAAGCAAGAGAUGAACACCAUAUCAAAGAACAUUUGGAUGGAAAAGUUGAUCCCACAGCGAACAUGACACCCGAACAGCUUCAAUUCCAUUAUUUCAAUAUGCACGAUUUAGAUAAGAACGGGAAGCUGGACGGUGUUGAGCUGAUCAAAGCCAUCACUCACUUCCACGCUGAAAACCCAGGACCAGCGCACACUCAAAACAAUCCAAAUCAUCAGCCACCACCACUUCCAAGCGAGGUUGAGCUGGAGACAAUGAUUGAUAGCAUUUUAAAAGAUGAUGACUUCAACGCUGACGGUUUCAUUGAUUAUGGAGAGUUUCUGAAAGCUCAAAAGAUUAGGGAAGAUCAAGCAAGAACCCAUCAAGAGCAGAUGGCGAAGACCGGUGGAACACAAUAA